UCCCCACUUCACAUUAUGUUAUUUUUUAAUGAAGGAGAAUCAACUGAACCCGCAUCUUCAACGGCACCUCUGUUUGAUGUGUGUUAAAUAGCUAUAUAAAGACGGCUGGCAUCUCUCCAUAGUACACCCUAUUGGUAAAAAUGGAUAUUCUCUAUACUAUCUUCACCUGUAUAGGGAUCCUUUUAUUCAUUUGUGUCACUCCCAUUUUAGUUCUAAUAGUAAGGAUCUAUGCUGGCAAGUCAAUUAGAAACCCCAAAUAUGCACCAGUGGUAGGAACUGUGUUUCAUCAACUCUUCUACUUCAACAGACUCUAUGAUUAUCAAACAGAAGUGGCUAAGAAAACCCCUACUUCCCGGCUUCUAUCACCGGAGCAGAGUGAAACAUAUACUACUGAUUCAAGAAAUAUUGAACAUAUUCUUAAGACCAACUUUAGCAAGUACUCCAAAGGCAAGCGUAAUCAAGAAGUUCUGAGGGACUUGUUUGGCGAAGGAAUUUUCGCCGUAGAUGGUGAAAAAUGGAAGCAACAGAGAAAGCUAGCAAGCUUUGAGUUCUCAGCUAGGGUCUUGAGAGACUUUAGCUGCACAGUUUUCAGAAAAAGAGCAACCAAAUUGGUCAGCAAGGUUUCUGACUUCUCUCUUGCCAACCAAGUUUUUGAUAUGCAAGAACUGCUAAUGAAAAGCUCCCUGGAUUCAAUAUUCAAAGUUGGCUUUGGAGUUGAUCUGAAUUCCCUGGAUGGAUCAGGAGGAGAUAAUAACAAAUUCAUCAAAGCCUUUGAUGAUUCCAAUGAAUUGACAUACUGGCGCUAUGUUGAUCCAUUCUGGAAGCUUAAGAGAUACUUCAACGUUGGCUCUGAAUUUCACCUGAAAAAGAACAUCAAAUACAUCCAGGAAUUCGUUGAUGAACUGAUAAGAACAAGGCGCAAACAGCUAGAAAUGAAAGAAGAUUCUAUGGAUAAGGAGGACAUACUUUCAAGGUUUCUGGUCGAGAGCAAGAAGGAUCCAGAGAAAAUGAAUGAUCAAUAUCUCAGAGAUAUUAUACUGAAUUUCAUGCUUGCGGGCAAAGAUAGUAGUGCUAAUACUCUUUCAUGGUUUUUCUACAUGCUUUGCAAGAACCCCUUGAUCCAAGUAAAGGUUGUUGAGGAAACAAGACAAGUUAUUGGUAAUAAGAUAAAGGACAAUGGAAGUACAGAUGAUUUUGUGGCAAGUAUCACAGAAGAAGUCCUAGAGAAAAUGCAUUAUCUUCAUGCAACAUUGACAGAGACCUUGAGGCUAUACCCUGCAGUCCCAGUGGAUGGCAGAUGUGCGGAUGCAGAUGAUGUUCUUCCCGAUGGCUUUCAUAUCAGAAAGGGGGAUGGAGUCUAUUAUAUAUCCUAUGCAAUGGGGAGAAUGCCUUACAUUUGGGGGAAUGACGCUGAGGAUUUCCGACCUGAAAGAUGGUUGAAGGAUGGGAUUUUCCAGCCAGAGUCGCCAUUCAAAUUCAUAGCAUUUCAUGCUGGUCCAAGAAUAUGUCUAGGCAAAGAUUUUGCUUAUCGACAAAUGAAGAUUUUAACAAUAGCUCUUCUGCAUUUCUUCAGGUUCAAAUUAUCCGAUGACACGAAAGAAGUAACUUAUAGAACCAUGUUUACACUCCACAUCAAUGAAGGGCUUCCAGUUCAUGCAGUUCCAAGAAGAGGCUGAAACGCAGAAGGCACUUUGAUUGCCAUCUUUAUAGCUAAUGUACAGAAGUCAAGUCAGUCCAUUUCUGCCGUUUGAAAAAAAAAGUUCAAAUAUUCACAACUUUGUGACUAGAAAGUGAAUGCUAAUAUUUCAUCAGGUUCUUGAUUUCUUCAUAGAAAUACGAAAUGGCUUCAUAUUAGUUAAAUGCUGUACCCUGCAUUCCAUAAUUCAAAAGUUGGCUUGUUUUGGUGAA